AAUAUAUCUUUCCGUUGUAAUGAAUACCUAUAAAACGUAUAGAAGAGUUGAAACCGUAGCCACUUUUAACGAAACGAUGAAGCUUUACAUGGUUCCAUUGAUGUUGUACGUUUGCAGUUGUACUCAGGCAAGCAAUUACCAAAUGCAAGUGAUAAGAGAUUUGCUAUACCAAUUCCGUCGAUCGAAAGUGUUAUUGAAAACCUGUGGUGAUUCUGAAGAACAAGUUGUUUUUCAUAAAUUGAUGAAUUUAAGGAAUGAGGAAAUCGAAUUUAAAUAUUUUGGAGUCCUACACAAGAAUGUUAGCCAUCGUACAGUUACCAUUAUGGAUUUGUCUUGUCAUAACUUUAGUGAGGAAUAUAACGAGACUAUGCAGAAAUUCAAAUGGAUUCUGUUUGACAGCCAUGCUGUGAAUCAGAAUGCUACGGAUGUAGCGAUACCUCAAUUGAUACAUAGUGAAGUGUUCCUGAUCACAGAAAAUGCAAACCAUUAUAACAUUUGGCAGUUUUCCAAAUUAUUUCCUACAUAUCCCACAACCAGACAGCUGUACGCGUCCUGGCGAUUGGAUAGUGUACCACAUCUCCAAUUGAACAGUGAAGUCUUCGCCGACCGCUGGAAUCUCCAAGGCGCGCGCCUCAAAGCGUCGGUUGUCUGCUCCAGUUCCGAAAUCAACACCUCAGCAAAAGCCGACAAGGCCGUAACGACCGCCUUAGCAAACAUUCUCAACGCCUCAGUCACCUUUCACUGUACCCCGAACUGGAAACAAGGUUUGAUCCAUGAUCUACGCACUGGAUCAACAGAUCUUGGUGCAACACCGAGCUACAUGACCCCCGAUCGCUUGAAAUCCGUCCAAUUCCUUGCGAUGACCGGACCACUCAACUACAAAUUCAUCUACAGAUCGCCCAAGCUAUCCUACACGGAUAACGUAUUCCUACUAUCCUUUCACGAUCGCGUUUGGAUGUCCAUCGGAGCAGUAAUUCUGCUAGCAACGGCCCUACAGCUGAUCAUAACGCACUUCGAGCCAGAUCACCCCGGACAGCUCGGAGUCAGCGACGCCUUGUUGAACAUGAUCGGUAUCGCCAGUCAACAGGAGGCGUUGAUCAAUCCGCAAUCGGUUUCAUCCCGCACGUUGAACAUCGUUAUGUUGAUCAGCUUGAUGUUCCUGUACAUUUGUUUUUCGGCUAACAUCGUGGCGUUGAUUCAGUCGCCGACGGCACGAGUUCGAACGCUGGGUGAUUUAUUACGGUGGGGAUUCCAACUGUCGGCCCAGGAUAGUGAUAUUAAUCGGAUUUUUAUGGCGAACGAGUCCAAUUCCCUACGAAACACCAUCUACACCACCAUCCGAAAUUCCAACGGUUUUCUCCCGGUGGCCAACGGAACCGAACGGAUACGCCAAGGUCUGGCCGCAUUCCACGGCGACACGAACCAAAUCUACCGCUACAUGAUCGACCAGUUCGACGAGAACGAAAAGUGCAAUCUGAACGAGAUCAAUUUUCUACCCCCGCUACAAGGAUACUACACCGUUGCGAAGGAUUCUCCUUUGGCGGAACAUGUUAAAUAUGGACUAUUGAAACUGCGCGAACUGGGAUUCUUGCAGAGGGAAAUCGCAAUGCAUUACCAACGCAAACCAGCCUGCAUAGGAGAGAACCUUUUCGUUCCGAUUUCGAUGAUCGAUGCCAUUUUCAGCAUUCAAUUGAUGGGAUGGGCUUUGGUACUUACGAUCGUUAUUUUUGCGCUGGAAGUUACCUGGAAACGGUACAAUGCGAACCUGUUUGUUGUAAGGUGGAUCCAACGGAAAAUCGCAAAACAUAGAAACAAAUGAAUAAUGGAAAUAUCUGGUAGCUAAUAGCCAGGUAUGAUCGUUUUUAGCUGGUCGUCGCGUGGGUAUAGAAACCUUUUAAGAUUUAAGCCCCCUUUAGUUUUUUCCAAGCUCAGUAACUAAUUCACAAGAGGACGAUUGAGAUCGAAGGUAGUUAAAAUGUCUUGCACUGAGAGUGAUAAGAAUCGUCUGCACAGACUGGUGAACAAUCCGUACCUGGCGGAUGUGAAAUUUCUAGUUGGCAGAAAAAGGAAGCUCAUCUACGGUCAUCGAACGCUUUUGACCUGCGCUAGUGAGGUAUUUCAGUCGAUGUUUGGCAACAAGCGCUUUCUGAAGAUUCAUCGCUAUUAUCCAUUGGUCAUUGUGUCGGAUGUGGAACCGGACAUUUUUCUGGACGUGUUGUACUACAUAUACUGUGAUGAGUGUAACAUUAGCGAGAAGAACGUGGCUGAGUUGUUUUACGCUUCGGCCAAAUACCAAUUAUAUGAACUGCAGACGAAGUGUGUAGAGUUUAUGAUAGCGACUACGAAGGUUAGCGAGUGGCUCCAGAUAUUCUUCGAAGAGACGCGAAAUCAACGGCUGCGAAAAGUUUCCGAAGCACAAAUCGUGUCGAGAGCGGAGGAGGUAUUGCGACAUCCCUCGUUCCUCCAGUUGGGAAGUUCGCAGGUAAAGGAAAUCUUGGAACUGAAGAAACUUCAAUGUACAAAUCGUCAAUUGCUGGAGGCAGUCGAUCGUUGGAUAGAACAUCAACCCGAAUCGCAGAGAAGUGAAUUUGAUUCCCUUUGGUUGUCUUUACUGCUGAAGAUUGACUCGGACAAGAAGAAUCAAGUGCGAUCAUUUGAACAAAAGUUACAGCCUCGCAUUUCCGGAGCGAUCGUAGCAUCUCGCGAUGUUAUUCUAUACGGAUUGGGGAUCUACACAGGGAUCGAUUGUUCGGAAGUUCAAGAAUGUGAUGUAUGUGUGAAAAUCGAGAUUGGAUGCUGCGAGAAGGACGUCGUCCGGGAAUCGAUUUCGUUAAGAAUUCCCGAUCAAAAGCGAAUAACAGAAUGUUUAUUUAAUCAGCUGAAAUUAUCGGAAGGUGACACAAUGAAAUUCACUGUUCAAAUAUCCGGAAUGCCGACGAAGCUGCGCCAGGCCUGGUGCGCUGAUAAUCGUAAUAGAACGCCCCUCAAUAACCAAGGAGACCUGAGAAUAGUUAGUAGUGAUAAUGCACAUUUUGUAACACCCAUAGCCUACCUGAUAUAUGAACCAGUGAAUGAUUCAGAAUUUGAAUAAAUUAUUGUUGUAAAUUUGA